AUGGAUGCUACUGCAGACAGCCCAGCUUCGGAUGCAACCCCCAAUGCUCCGGUGUGGGUGAGCGGAUGUGCCGCGGGAGGGCUCUCCUCCUCUUCUUCAUCCUCCUCCUCCUCCUUGUCCUCCACCUCCAUGCCAUCGUUGAGCCGAUACGAGUCGCAGAAGCGCCGAGACUGGAACACCUUCGGCCAGUACCUGAGGAAUCACCGGCCGCCGCUGUCUCUUUCGCGGUGCAGCGGCGCGCACGUGCUGGAAUUCCUUCGAUACCUGGACCAGUUCGGCAAGACGAAGGUUCACACCCAGAUGUGCCCCUUCUUCGGCCACCCCAACCCUCCUGCACCUUGCCCUUGCCCACUCCGGCAGGCCUGGGGCAGCCUUGACGCACUCAUCGGCCGCCUCCGAGCGGCCUACGAAGAGAACGGUGGGAAGCCGGAGGCCAACCCCUUCGGCGCCAGAGCCGUCCGACUCUACCUGAGGGAGGUGCGGGAGAUGCAGGCCAAGGCGAGGGGAAUCAGCUACGAGAAGAAGAAGCGGAAGAAGCCCUCCCAGGCUGGCGCUCAGCAGCAAAACCAGCCUCAUCAGGCAUCACCAUCGGCUGGUGUAACCUCAACGGAUCCCCACACCAUAUUAUCAUAA